GGGAGCGCGUCUCAGGCGAGCGCGGGUCCCGGGUCUUCUCUGGCGGUGCGUUCUCUCUAGCGAGCGGUAGGAGGCGAGUCUCCCGCUCCCCAUCUCACCGAGGUUUCGCGGGGAGCCUGGCCUCUGCUCUGCUGCACAAGCAGCAGGACCUUGCCGUAACGCUGUCUGCUCGCCUGCUUUUUCCUUGCCCCUCUUGGGCUGGCCCCGGGAACUAGGGAUCGGCAGAAGGUAUCUGAGCCCCGGCGCUAGGAUGGGAAACAGUGCGCUCCGCGCUCAUGUGGAAACCGCGCAGAAAACUGGUGUCUUUCAGCUUAAAGACCGUGGGCUGACCGAGUUCCCCUCAGAGUUGCAGAAGCUGACAAGCAAUCUUAGGACCAUCGAUUUGUCCAACAACAAGAUCGACAGUCUACCGCCUCUGCUAAUAGGAAAGUUCACUCUGCUGAAGAGCCUCUCCCUGAACAACAACAAACUGACUGUUCUACCUGAUGAAUUAUGCAAUCUGAAAAAACUAGAGACGCUAAACCUAAACAACAAUCUCCUGAGAGAGCUGCCAUCUACCUUUGGGCAACUUUCUGCCCUCAAGACCCUGAGCCUCUCUGGGAACCAACUGGGAGCACUACCACCCCAGCUUUGUAGCCUGAGGCACCUGGAUGUGGUGGAUCUGUCUAAAAACCAGAUUCGGAGUAUACCUGACACAGUGGGGGAGCUGCAGGCCAUUGAACUCAACCUCAACCAGAACCAGAUAUCUCAGAUCUCAGUGAAGAUAUCUAGCUGUCCUCGCCUUAAAGUUCUCCGGCUAGAAGAGAACUGUCUUGAGCUCAGCAUGCUUCCACAGAGCAUCCUCAGUGAUGCCCAAAUCUGUCUGCUUGCUGUGGAAGGCAAUCUUUUUGAAAUAAAGAAACUUCGAGAACUGGAAGGUUAUGAUAAGUACAUGGAGAGGUUCACAGCCACCAAGAAGAAGUUUGCAUGAUAUUCUCCACAACCAUGAGAACCUUACAAGAAGGAUACUGACUUGGAAUCUCUAUUGAAAUCUGGCUGAGUCAAAAUCUCCUGUUGUUGGAGAUGACACUCCAGGAGAUUACAUUUCAUUCAACAACCUUUUUUUCCUUUUUAGGGCUAUCUCAGAUAAGCUAAAGGAAAAGGAAUUAGGAGACAGGAAGCGCCUUCCUUUUUGUGUCAUGGAUAGGGUGAUGGACAAUGUUGAUCUUCAAAACCAUCAUUAGUUGGGCUCUAAGAAACCAGUAGGUAGUUGCUAUUUAUACAAUGAGGGAGUGCUGCCUGGUAACAGAAUAGCUCCACACCAGCUUGAGAUUAUGUUUAGUUUCAAUGUGUGAGCUUUCAUAAAGUCAGUUGCCACAUCAUUUCUGUGUUAACACUUCAUAUUUUUAUGAAAUUCUAAUUUGUGAGAAACUUGUAUGGUUAAGACCAUAUUCUUUUACUCCAGUCCAUCAGCUGAAUAGUGUCUAUA